UAUCCGUAGUGGGUGAGAUCUGAGUACGAAACGUCCCCUUCAGCGAAUUUAUUCUUUGACUAUCCAUUUAUUGCGUCAACAUGUGCAAACACGUUCUCAACGCCCAAGUUUCCAUCCGUUCACCAUGCUGCCGAAAAUGGUUUGAUUGCGCCGAGUGCCAUCACGAGACCGAAGACCAUGAGUUACUCCAGAAGAUGGACAUGACCUUCGCCUGCAAAAAGUGCAAAAAGGCCUUCCGAAAGGAUGCCGCAGUGUUCGAAGAAAGUGACGAGUACUGCCCGCACUGCGAUAACCAUUUUGUGCUGGAAGCCAAGACACCAAAGCCGAUGCUGAAAUUUGAGGGCGAAGAUGCUCGAGUCGAUAACAGGAUGUUGAUCGACCACAGAACGCGGCAAGAGGAAGCCCGGACCAUAUUCGACGUCAAGGACGCCCCUAAUAAGCUGGGUUGAGUACAAAUCGAGUGGGGGAAAGGGGGGAGCUCAGGGGAAGGGGAAGCCAAGGGAGCGGGCAAGGACUGUCAAAUAUCCACAUUAGCGGCAUGAGUUACGAGCGCGGGUCUGUUAGUUUCACAGGCGAAUAUAUCAGAGGGAACUUAGAAAGUUUCGCUCAUUUGCUAUAGUAUACAGUGUCUAAAGAGGAUAUCGUGGCGCCGUUGGACAAGAUGAGGGGUAACAUAGAGUUAUCUAUUUAUCCGCGUCAUCUGGACCUUUCGUCAAGAUGGCUGCCUGUCCAGUACCAGGAG